AUGGCUGCCCGACGUUGGACGACGACAGUCCUGGUGUUGAUCGAGAGUCGUCGGAAGGGGUUGGAGAAUUCUCCUCUCUGGCAGGACGAACCGUUGUUCGGCUUGGCCUCACAGGUACAGGAAUCGGGCAAAAAGGCGGCCGCGGUCAUUGAGAAGAAAGUGAAUUUCGAAAGCCUGUUCGACGAUGUCUUCCCGCCAAGGACGAUAACCGAGAAGAUCGGCCAGUGGACCCAGUGGCAAAUCCGUACCUCAUCGUCGUCGUGUUCCUGUGGGUGGUUGUCCGUCUCUUCGGCGGCGGCGGCGGUGGAAAGACAUGAAAUACCCCACAAGUACCGCGACCAUGAAUACGGUAAUGUGAACGCCCACGAUCGCUACAUUGUCGAUGCCUCCACGGUGUUGAUAUAG